AUGAAGACCGCCCUCUUCCUCCUGAGCGCAGCUACCUUGGCGCUGUCCUCGCCACUCCAGCCUGAGUCCCAGAUCGUGCCUCGUCAACAACGCACUCUUUGCGAACUGUACGCCUACUGGUCUGGAAACGGCUACGAGCUCCUCAACAACCUCUGGGGCAAGGACUCGGCCACCUCCGGGUCGCAAUGCACCUAUCUUGACGGCACAAACAACGGCGGCAUCCAGUGGCACACGACUUGGACGUGGCAGGGCGGUGAAAACAAUGUCAAGAGUUAUCCCUAUAGCGGCCGCCAGUUCUCGAGGGGCAAGAGGAUCAGCUCCAUCAGCAGAAUGCCGACAACGAUCAACUGGCAAUACGACAACGAGAAUAUCCGCGCCAAUGUCGCCUAUGAUGUGUUUACGGCUACUGAUCCAAACCAUGUGAACAGCAGUGGUGAUUAUGAGUUGAUGAUUUGGUUGGCACGCUACGGAAACGUCUACCCCAUUGGGUCGUCCGUUGGAUCUGUCUCAGUGGCUGGCAGGACAUGGGAUCUCUGGGCAGGAUAUAACGGAGCCAUGAGGGUGUACAGCUUCGUCCCUCCUUCAGGCACCAUCAAGUCCUUCAAUGCCGAUGUCAAAGAGUUCUUUAACUACCUCGAGAGGAACCAAGGGUUUCCCUCCAGCCAGCAGAAUUUGAUUGUGUUUCAAGUCGGCACAGAGGCGUUUACCGGAGGGCCCGCUACCUUCAGGGUCACUCAGUUUACCGCCGACGUUGUUUGA